CAUCAAGCUCCGACACGACGCAAUCCCGUUGGCGAAGGUCAAGUCGAAGUUAUUAUGCCAUUCCACGAACAGCAACCACCCGUGUAUACCGCUUGCGUCGAGCUUCAGCACCCGCAGCCAAUAUAUAUGCGGGUCCAGCGAUGGCUCAAAGAGCAUUCGGCGCAAGACAUGUGGCUAUCUCAAACUGAGGAGGAGCUACUGCCUUCACAGGCUUCCCGGAUCAAGUUCGAGGAGCCACACACCAAGCGUAAAUCAGUGGGCCAACGUCAUCCCAGGCCACCUGGCAGCCCCUACGAUCAAGCCAACCCUCGCCUCCUCGAAGAGCCAUGGCCUCAGUCAUUCUUAGAUGGCAAUGAUGGAAUCGAGGAUCGGCGGACAAAUGCGACUCACCGCAUCUUACAUGCCGUGGCAAAUAUUAGUAGGAGCAUCGUGAAAGGCAUUCGGAAAUGGUUUGGCGGAAGGUAAGGUAUGAAAGCUCACUUCUCCGAGCUAUUCUCAACUUCCGAUAUGCCAGAAUCUGAGCACUAAUGUUCCUGGUCAUAUUGUCUUCGAUAUUCUUGCCAACUCUUGUUGUUAGUCCUGAUCAAUAAGCCCCCCUCCCACAGGAAAUUCCCAACUCGAUGAAAUUCCCGCGGAUGACCAAUUGGUUGCCAAUGAUCAAGCCAAAACCAAGAGGCAAAAGCGCGGAGGUUCGGGUCGAGAUAUCCUCUAUGGCGUAGCCAAGGCUGCCAAAGCCUUGAAAGCCUCCAUCAAGCCUAAAAACAAGGAGUUACACUCGAAAAGAUAGGGGUGAUUCAACGGCUUGCAUUUCUACAAAGUCUUUUAGACUUGACGUCUUCAUGCAGAGUGUAAACACCUUGAUAGUUAUUUCGCUUUAGCGUGAUGCCUCUAGAGUAGUGGUU